ACAAUUUUAAUAACAUAACACGGAGUUCCCUGUUGGAUUCCGUGGUAGCAUGUUGUAUUUGAAGAAGAGCCUCAGAGCUCAAAUAAAUAUUGAUAGGCUAAAUUAAGCCUUACCUAUUGAAACGCAGUGCUAUAAGCGAAAGCAGAGAGCACGCCGCACUUUACUUUACUCAAUAACAUAACAUAGCAAUUUAUUGUAACAUAAAUUUAGCAACGUGAAAGGGACGAGCCAAAUAUUUAAUCAUGGAAGAUUAUUAUUCUGAUGAAGAAAAAUCACUUAAGAGGUCUUUAGAUGAUGAAUUUAGUCGAAUGAAAGAAAACUCUAAAAAGUUGAAGGAUGAAAGAUUUGCAUUAGAAAAAGAAAUUGAAGAAUUGGAAAAAAUAUCACAAAGUAAUAAAUCAUUGGAGGAAGAAACAAUUUCUGAACAAUCAGAACAAAAUGAGUCUGAAAAAGAUGAGUUAGAAAGAACUUUGAAAGAUUCAGUAGAUUCUGGACAAAAAUCAAAAAGUAAGGAAUCAUUGGAAGAAGAAACUAUUUCAGAACAAAAUGAAUCUGAAAAAGAUGAGUUAAAAAGAACAUUAGAUGAUUCAGAGGAGGAAGUGUCUGAAAACGAUUUGGAAGAUGAGACUGCAGGCUCUGACAUUGAAGAGGAAGUUGAAGAGAUAUCAGAUCCAUGCGUGAAACAUUUUGAAUUCACAUUACCUGAUGAAUGCACUGAAGCAGCUCUGAGCCCUAAAAACCCAAGAUUAAAGUACAAGCUUGCAGAGGAAGUAGAAAUGCCUGGUUUAGGACAGAUGAAUUUCUUUAAAAUGUUUCCACAUCUUGAGAGCCCACCAUUGGAUAAAAAAAAUAUAUCAGAAUUUGCAUUAAAAAAGAAUUUGCUUUCAACUGUUUCACAAUUAAAGAAGCAGCUUACCGGUUUAGAGAUGUCUUUUUUAAAUAUCAUCACCAACUACAUUGACGUAUUGUUUACCAAGCAAUAUUUCAAGGUCCGAGAAAAACUUCGACGGGCCUAUUGCAUCCACAUUCUCAACCAUAUAUUGAAGUCCAAAGCUAGAAUAAUUCACCAUAACAGCAAGAUGAAAAAGAACCCUCAAGCAGAGUAUAGAGAUCAGGGAUUCACGCAGCCAACCGUUUUUAUUCUCGCCCCUUUCAGGGGUGACUGUCAUCGCAUUGUCAAUCAGAUCAUAUCUUUGAUGCCACCCAAGUGCAAAGUUAUGAAUAAAACUCGCUUUGAGAAAGAUUACGGACCAACUGGAGCUAAAAGCAAAAACAAACCUGAAGACUUCUACGAAAUAUUCGAUGGAAACAACAACGAAGACUUCAAGAUCGGACUCCGCAUCCAGAACGAACAUAUCACUCUCUUCUCCGACUUUUAUAAAUCUGAUUUGAUCAUAGCCUCACCUCUUGGUUUGAGACCCAUUAUAGGGGAUACUGAUAAUAGGCAAGGGGAUGCGGACUUUCUAUCUUCUGUCGAAGUAUUCAUUGUUGACCGAUUAGAUGUCCUCGUGAUCCAAAAUCCUGUCCAUCUUGGUCAUGUUUUGCUUUGUAUGAAUCACCUUGUUAAAAAAGAACACGGCAACAAGAAAAUUAAUUAUUUCCGAGUGAGAGAAUAUGCAUUGGAUAAAAAAGCAAAAUACUAUCGGCAAAAUAUCUACCUUAGUGCAGUGGAGAAUUCUUCUUUUGUGUACAACUACUACAUGAGCCAUUGUUAUAAUUAUGUGGGUCACAUGAGAUCUCAUGAUUGGGUUGCGCAUCCAAUCAUUGAAUUCAUUUAUCCUGCUAUGCAAAUGUGUUUCAGAGUUCUUGACUCUGAUAAUCCUCAGCAGGAAUACAAAGACAGGCGCAAGUUUUUCACAGAAAAGAUUCUCCCAGAGUUUGUCAACGACAAAUCUACCGUCCAGACACUCAUUUACGUGCCCAGUUACUUCGAUUAUGUGGAACUUCGACAUCAUUUCCGUACAUCCGAAAUCAGUUGCUUCAUGAUGUGUGAAUACACAGACAAAGGAAAGAAAGCUCAGGGUAGAGAUCUGUUUUUCAAAGGACACAGACACUUCAUGUUGUACACAGAACGUACCCAUUUCUACUUUAGACAUUGGAUCAAAGGUAUCCAGCAUGUUAUAUUUUAUAAACUGCCCACGUACCCCAAGUUCUUUCGAGAGAUAUGCAAUUCUCUAAUGGAUUCCCAUCCAAAGAGAAAAGAUGAAGAGAGGACGUGCACCGUUAUUGUGUCACCCAGAGACUUCUUGCAGUUGAAGCAUGUGGUGGGUAUUCAAGAAGCUGACAAAAUGCUGAAAUCUAAACAAAAAACUUUUGUAAAAUAUGUUGGCAGCUGAUUAAUAGUAAAAUGGUACGAUUAUUAAUAAAUAUAUAUUUUUAUUGUUAAAA